UCAUAAUAAGAGAUUUCCGGUAUAGCAAUUUAAUAAAAUAUUGUUAAAAGUGUGCAUUGUAUAUAUAUAUAAUAGAAUUGCAAAUAAAGCAUUCGCAAACAUUUUUUUUUUUGUUUAUACAAUAUACUUUAUUGUAUUACAGUAUGGUAUGGUUACUUUUGGGGAUACAAUUGGCAAUGGCACAAUUACAUUACCAAGACAAUCAAAUACGACAAAAAUCUGGAAUAUAUUAUGAGAAUUUAGGACCUAUUAAAAUCGUAACUAAUACAUGGGAUUUAGCCAUUUCGCUGGAUACAUCCUGUUACGGGAAACAAUGGACCGGUUUCGAGGAACGGCUAGAGAAAAUUAAAGCCAUGUGUGCUGAACUUACCAAGUGGGAGGAGUUACCAACCUGUGAACCAAUGUUAACGCACGCGACACUAAUUAAGCAGAAAGUGUAUGAACGUAGGGAGCUUUUGUUAGGAUCCGUCGAGACGCGAGCUCGUCGCGGCAUUUGGCAACACGUUACACAGGCGGCACAGGUACUCUAUGGGUUGUGUAAUUUAGACUGUAUGAAAAAAUUUGAUUUUUCUAUUUAUAAAUUAAAAGAUUCUCAAAUUGACCAAAUAAAUAUUAUAAAGGAAAAUAUACGGGUAAUAAAUAUCAAACACGAAAUGGACGAACAACGAAUUGCGUAUUUAAACGAAACACUUGAACAAUUUAUGAAUGUAUCUAACACUUUAUUGCCUAAAAUAGAGGUUGAUAAGAUUAAUAAACAAUUUUUAAUCAUUAAUCAAAUUAUGAUAAUACAAAUGUUGAGAGUAAACACUUUAGUCGAGAUUAUACAGAGUGCAAAGUUAGGUCAAAUACACCCUAGCUUAAUAAAUACCAAGGCUUUAUUGGAACAAUUUAAAAACAUUAAACUUGUUCUACCUAGUGGGACCAGUAUGCCACUUGAGGUAGAGAUUAAUAAUGUCUAUGACUUAGUAAAAUUAUCAGAUUUGACGGUAUAUUAUAAUGAAAAUAACCUUGUAUUUAUUUUAAAUAUUCCUUUAGUGUACCAGCACGAUUUAAGUUUAUAUAAAUUAAUACCGUUACCGGUAUGCGUUGCUGAUAAUAAAAAGAAAUGUAUGUAUAUUAGACCUAAGCAUGAUUUUUUAGCUGUUACUAAAUCUAAGGAACUCUACUCGACAUAUGAUAACUUUAACCCUACAAUUUGUAAAACUGCUCACGAAUUUCUGAUAUGUCCCGAAACACAUCCAUUGCAUCCCAGGAGUAUGAGACCUGUGUGUGAAAUACUCCUGAUGCAGGAACCUAGGGAAGUCCCAGAAAGUUGUGAGAUACGUUACGUGGAAAUGGCUACUACAGUUUUUCACAAAUUGAGACAUAAAAAUGAGUGGUUAUAUGUUACUAAUAACGAUUCAGUAUUUGUCACUUGCGAAGAAGAGAAGGAAUCGAAAAAUCACAUAUUAGAAGGAGCAGGCAUUAUCGCACUAAACGAAACUUGUCGCGGAUACGCCAAUAGAGAUGUCCUUAUACCCGGACGCAUUGCCGGAAGAACACAAUAUACAGAUUUCAUUCCAACAUCGGUACUCAAGGAACCCAGCAGCGACAGUGGAAAUGACCAGUUUGUCAAAACAAUGAAAUUUCAUCAUAUCAAGACAAACCAAAUGAGCGAUUUAAAUGAAAUUACAAUCACGCAAGAGCAAGCUGCGGAACAACUACAACAUAAGUUAUUAUACCAACAAAUGGAAUCAAAAAUGUAUGUGGUUGUCGCUAUUGGAGUAACAACAAUUAUUGUUAUUCUAAUAAUCAGUUGUGCAUUAUCAUUAUUGUUAAAACUGAUAACAAAUAAAACGGAGCGAAAACCAUGUGAGGAACCACUACAGCUAGAAGAACAGUGGACACAAGUCAAUACCAAUGACCUGCUGGAAGCCACAGCACCUAGUGAGAGAGUUUUAGAAACAUUUCCAGAGGAAGUGACUGAGACAACUUUUUCAUUGUACCCAAAAUUAAAAAUGUAGGAUUUUUUUUGUUUUUUUUUGGAAAGUCGAGGGACUUUCAUUUUAGAGGGGAGGAAUGUAGUAAACCCAAUGCACCUGCAUUGUGUUAUACUAUAUUAUAUUAUAUUAUAUUGGGUUAUAUUAUUAAAUUAUGGGAAAUGUGUAUUAAUAUAUCUGCAUUAUAAGCAAUAGGCCAGAGAUCAGAAAAACAUAUUUUUUCUGUCGAUUGAAUAAUAAUUAUAUAAUGAUAUUAUGGCUAUAUCAUUAUAUAAUGGUUACAUAAUUAUUUAAUGAUGAUUAUGUAAAUCAUCAUAUCGCUCUAAAAUAGACUGAUUAAGAAUACUAGUCCCCUGUAUGUCAUUGAAAACUCAUAUAAAUACGAGUAGAGGACUUAGUAUUAUUCAGAAAGGUAGCACUAUUCAUAAAGGUAGUUAAACUCCAGUGUAAGACUAUUGCUCGUCGUGGACUUUGUCACAGCCACAUCGCCGCGAGUUUACGGUCAUUCCCAGUACUUGUAAUUUUACAUAGCAGUAAGCUAUUUUACUUUUGUUUUAUGUCAUUAUUUAAUGUUUCAUGUUGUUUAACUUAAUAAAACAUUUACUUUA